AGGUCCGGCGCGUAACACAGUGGCGACGCGCUCCUCGUAUGGCGUUUGGCGGCACUGGGCCUUGGCUGCCGAGGCGGUCGAGUGACUACGACGUGAAUUUUGCUAUGACUUUGCUGCCACCGCUACUUCUGCUUCUCGGCGCGCUCGCUGCCAGCUCGGCCGCCCCCAUGUCUGCGAGCGCCGCCCCCGCGUGGCGCGCCCCGCCCCCCGGCAGGGCCCCGGGGGCGGCGGCGCACGGGGGCGGCGGCGGCGGCGGGCCGGCGUCGACAGUGCUGGGCGCCUCGCUGGGCGGCGGGCUGGGCGCCGGCAUCGGCGGCCGCACCCUGGGCGAGCUGGCCGAGUCGGAGCUCGACCGGUACGCCUUCCUCAUGUUGGACCCGGCCUCCUCCGGCUCCGACCCCAUGCCGGCGGGCACCGUCACCAGGAGGAUCACCCCCAAGUCCGUGUUCAUCGCGCCCAACAUCAACGGCGACCGGGACCAGUGCGCCGAGGGGUACCAGCAGGAUGACAUGGGCCGGUGCGUCAAGGUGGUCAAGGUCGACGCGGAGAAGUCCUGGGACUUGCUGCUUGACAAGCUCAACAACCAGUUCGCCGACCUUCCCUUCCCCCUGCUGACGGAGACAACGACACCUCCCGGGCCGCCCCCGGGACCCUUCCAGCUCGCCAUCCCCAUCGCGGGCCUGCCCGAUGUCGCCGCCCCCGAUGUCGCCGCCCCCGACGCCCCCACACCCGAUGGGCCCGCCCCCGAAGGACCUGUCCCUGACGGUCCCUCUACGCCGGAACCUGCGAAGCCCGAGUCACCCUUCGCUGAGCAAAGCACACCGGAGCAGGCGACCGAGGUCGCGACGGAGGUGGAGGAGGAGGCGGCGAGCACCACACCGUCCCCGUCCGACGAAGACACGGAGACACCCGCACCAACACCAGCUGCUCCGGAGGACAUCCGAGACGCCCUCAUUCCCGAGGUGGUGAUGCUCACCUCCGAGGAGCAGCCCCACGUUGUACCCGCGCCCGCGGCGCAGGUCGGCGCUUAUCUAGUCAACGGCGGCGCCACUUCCACGACGGAGGCUGCCCCAAGCAGGCCCGUCCGGCCCGCCUCCAACCAGUCCGGCAAUGGCGACGUGAAUCCCAUCAUCAACACGGUGAACAACUCUCCGCUCGUGACUGGCGAGUCGAUGGUGCAAGAGGUGCCUCCAAUCUCCAACCCCAACUCCAACCCGAACAGACUGGUAGCCGAAGCCUCGUCGCUGCAGCAGCUCCUGGCAGCCGCCCUGGGGAUGAAGCUGACUUUUAGCAGCUCGACGAUAGCGCCAGAAACCGCCGAGUUGGCCAUGUCAUCCUCGACGACUGUCGCACCAGUCCGAGACUCAACCGCAUCGCCGUCCUCGGAGCUCCCGGUGCCCGUCUCUUCCACGACGGACGCGACGCUGUCCUCGAGCAGCAACGCCGAAGUCCACGAAGAGCUGGUCUCACCAAGCUCGCUUUCUCCGGUGACUUCCGGGCUGGAAUUGCUCAGCUCGUCAACGGCGACCUCCACUAGCACCCCUCCCGUGAGCACGACCAGCGAGCCGUUCUCGUCCACGACGAGCACGGCCUCCUGGUCGUCAAGCGAUGAGAGCCGGCCGUCCAGCAGUAACCUGCUGCGGCCAAGCCUCUUGCCCGUCAUCCCCCACGACCUCCACGCCGUGCGCUUCCCCACGGAACGGCCCAGCAGCCCGCUGAGGUUCCCGGCCAUCGAUGUCACCUUCCCGACCAGCCGCGGAGGCGUGGGCGGUAGCGGCGGCGACGCCAACCGUCUGCCCGUGGACAAGCCCGUUGUCUUUCCCAAGGACGUGUACUGGCCGCCCCUGGCCUCGGCGCCGUACUGGAGCCUGGAGCAGACCCGCACCCGGCCGCAGCAGCAGCAGCAGCUGAGCAGAAUGCAGCACAAUCGUUUCUGGCAGUCACGGCCGAGUCAUGCGCUCGGCUUCGGCGGGCCCAACACGCUAAGCACUUCUGCGGGUACUUCCCUAUCCUCGUCAUUCUCGCCGUCCUCCUCCUCCUCCUCCUCGUCGUCGUCCUCUCAGGAGGGCAGCCAGAUCCGGCGGAGGACGCACUACCGCGCGGGGAGCGGGUCCCUGCACACGCACAGGAGCAGCCCAACGCACAGAAGGGGCAGGGAAUACUAGCCGCUUGGAGCCGCGGCCGCCGAGGACAUGCAGAGGACUGAAGGUGACUCCGAGUUCCUGCCGUACUGAUUUGGGGUCAUGGCUGCCCCACCUUGCCCGUCCCUUCCAGUCCUGUGUGGAUAAGCUUAUGUAUUUAUCAAGACUGCUUUCAUUUUUGUGUGGGUAUGUAGAGAGGAACGCAAGCUUUAGACGGACUGCCAGAAAGAGGGGGAAACGGAAAAGGGGAGAAAAUCUGUGCAAAUGAGCUGAUGACUCCUCAUCCACUAGUGACUGUUGCCAAAACCUGUAAUUGUAUAUUGUUUAUAGUAUAAAAAUAUUAUUUAUUCGUAGUAAGUCAAUUGUUAUGUGUAUGGGCACUUACCUCGCAGAACUGAGACCCACCAACCACCAAAUGCUUUGUUCUAUUCUUCAUCACAUCACAACUAUGCCUAUACCUCGUGGCCAAAGAUCUCAUGAACUUCUCCUUUAAUCCUGUGAUUAGUACUUUUCAUGUUUUUAAUUUAGUAACCUGUGAGCAUCACAUUUUAGCCAUGUAUUUUUGUUUUAACGAGAGGGGACACACGUUGUGUUGUAACCUUUGAUGUUCUCAACUGCAUGCCUUAGCAUUCUGUUUGUAAAUAACUGUAAUAUACUUUUAAGCUUGA